AUGGUUUGCUGCACCCUGAACUGCUUCGGCCAUUGUCUUCAUCGCCGUCGGCGCAGAACUCGAGCGAACCCCAAUCCCGGCAAUGAUAUUGAGCUUACUCCAAUGCCAUCUAAUGUGAGUACGCAAGCCGGUCGAGGUCGAGCAGCAAACACGCGUCGCUCCAGCACCGCACGGAUCAGAGCGGCGUUUGCACGGCUUACCCAUCAGAGUAGAGCACAAUCAGUACAUCAGGAGGAAGAAGGAGAGGCUCCCCAAGAAGAACCAGCUGAACAGAUAGAAGAGGUCGAGCAAGGUCCAGCAGGACGGGAUGAUAGAGCCAAGCACCGACUCCCCAGGCGAAGUCGACGGAGCCAAAACAAAGGUCCCUUCGCGACCAUCGUCCAGCCACCCCACUUGGGCAUAGAUGGUGAAAUAUUCAGCUAUCCUGUCCGCCGCGCAUCAAAGGCAGACCCAAAGGCAGAUCUCAAACAGGAAGCUUUCGGUGGCGGAGAUGGGAGUGGCUCCCCGAAAGAGGGCGAAAACAGGAGCGGAUCUGCAAGCAGGUUUCCAUCACCUUUGAAGAAGCGUGGCGCCUCCGAGGGAGUCGAGGUGGGCGGGCCAUCCGUCAAGAGACGUCGAUCCAACGAGGAAACAGAGGCUGAGCCAUCGGGCUCCGGAUCAGGAUCCGGCUCUGUCUCAUGGGGCUCAUUCGAAGAAAUCACGGAAGAACUAGUCGACGGUUUCCUCGCGAAAGGAACAAAUUACCAAGACUGGAUCCAGUUCCCAAACGACGAGGAUUGCGCAGCUCCAUGUCCAGUACCAAUGUCAAUACUGACAACAGAUAUAAUGCUCAACACGCCCGACCCAGCAGAUAGAUGGGAAGUGCGAGAAAACGGCUGGAUCGACAGACCCCUUGAACUACACGAUACCCAUCAAAUUGAUCUCCCCACUAAUCCUGGUACAUACCACAGACUGCACGUCAGCAAGCUGGGAACAGGCGAAGAACGAAGGCAAAAAUGGAAUGAAUAUAAAGGACGCACUACACUUGGCGCCAUCUUCGCUGAAGAUAACACGCGAGUCGAUGGACCACAUUGGAAUGAGCUCGCCAAGGCACAUUAUGAAGCGAAUUACGAUAUCAAUUCGUUGAAGUUUGUAUUUCGGUUGAAUGUUGUUAAUCGGAUGACGAUGCCUUAUGUGGAUUCUGUGCUUUAUCCGAGGUUUGGGCUUGACCUUAUGCAAGAUCAAACCGUGCGGAAUUGGGCUUAUAAUACUGAUGAGUAUAAGGAGAUCUUGGGGACGGCUUUAGGGAAGGGUGUUGGGGCGUUGAUUUUGAGUGCUUUUCCCCGUGGGACGAGACGUAUUACGCAGAUUCUUACUUGGACGCAUCAGGAAGAUUUGCAGAUCCGGUUUAUUGGAAAGAGGAAAAUUGUUGCAGUUCUUUGGGAUAUGCCUAUCUUUGAUAAAUACAGCCCUGUGGGAUUCGAUCGUGAAACUGGAAAGGACCUGCAAACAUGA